UUUUGAUUUUGGGUCUUUGAUUUUUAAGCUCAAGGUUCUGUCGUAUCGUAUGGUUGAUAACCCUCAAAAAACCCUCUGCAGUUGCUUUUGGGGUUUGUUCAUGAGUGAGAAUGGGGACGAGAGAGGUGUAUGAACAGAAGCUAAGGAGUGGGAAUCUGCAUCAUGAUCCUACCAUGAAACCAGGCCUCGGCACCCCUCGCUGCCCGCGCUGUCUCUCUCUCCUUGACCAUGAUUCGGGAAAGGGUGAAUGGACUAUCACUCCUGUUCUUCAUGACGCCACUGCUGUUGCUGGCUCAGGUAUUGGUGGAAUGCUUAGUGCAAUUCAUGGUUUCAAUACAGGGAUCCCGUACCUUCAGAAUCGCUUAAAAGGACCAAAGUGGCUUCCUUUCUUAGUUGGGCUUCCUCCUCUGCUACUCUUUUCGGGUGCCAGUGCUGCAUUUGGAGGUUCAGUGCAGUUUGCGCACUCAUAUCUUAACUUAGGCACCUUGGAAUAAAAGGAACAAAAGGAUCUAGUUUUCCCUAUUUAUGAGUUAUUCAGUGAAUCUAUGAUGAUAUAUUUUGUGCCGGAUGCAUGACUGCGGGCUUUACAUCGUAUGGAUGCCACGCUAUAUUUUACUGCUCACCAUCAGAAUUCUCUUUCUAUUUUGUAACUAUUAGUAGUGUCAGCAUUACCUUCUGCUAUAAUUGAAGUUUCUGCAGUAAAGAUGCAUAAUAAAGACUGAAUUGCAAGAGUCCUUUCUUAAUGUUCAUUGUUACUUAGGCAUAUAGAUAUCAUGGAUUACAUUUUCCCAUGCUAUUAUGCUUAACAUAUGGCGUGCUCAUGGUACAAUUGACCCCACUGAGAUUUCCAUUCAGUUUUAUACCAUAGAAUGGUUUAAAGAUUGAACCUUUAGCUUCUACCUCAGCUACUUCCCUUGCCUUUUGAAACUGGUGAUGAUUAGUGACAGGCUGCUAUAAGUUCUUAUAAAUAUAGAUCAAGAACAAAACCUGUCACCAAUGUAUUGGUGUGCUGUGAUUGAAUGUUAAUUAUUAUUUAAAAUACUGUAUGGAGUUGCUACACACUCCUUAUAACCAUACCAGGAUAGCAACAUGAGAGCUUUUUAUUUACCGUGAAAUUUGUCUUUGCAUCGUGUAAUUUUCAAUUGUGUGAAUUAAUUGUUACAUUUUGUAAACCAGUCUUUUUAUUGUCUAAUGUUAAAUAAGUUGUUAUAAUCUUAUAUAUUCAAACCACUAAGAUAAAUUCUUGGCUUUGUGAUUGCAUGCUAAAAUUACUUCCUGACAGUAUAAAACCACUGAAAUUAGCCUUCUGUCUCAAAAGGUUCUUGUGAUAAAAUUUUGACAAUGGACCAUUUGGUUAUGGGCUUUAGAACGAUAUAUGGUCCAUUGAUCCUCUUCUUAUUACACGUCAGGGGCCAUUAGUAGGGCCAUCUUUGUUCAAAUAAUUUCAUGGCCAUACUUUUUUAGCUCUAAGACAUGGGAAAGCUAAAUGGUUUGAAGUUCAUCUUGUAUUGGGGUAUGCAAGUCUUCUUCUUUCUAUGAUUUUUAAUGGGGAACUUGUCACUGACUAAGCCACCCAUCAGAACUUAAUCACUUAGAGUCGGCUUUAGGGCCUUAAAGUACAGUAUUCAAUGAUUUGCUUAAUUAAUUGUAACUAUGUAAUAUAGCAUAUCGGAUUUGUUUAGAAAGAAGAAAAGAGAACAGAGGGAAGAUGAGAGGAAGAGAAGGAAAAAAAGAAAGAAAGAAGAAACAGGAAGAGGAAAGAAAAAAAUGAAGACGGGGUUUUCUUUGGGAGGGGCUUGCUUCUAAUAGAGAGAAGGUCAGAAACAAGAAAAAGGAGCUUGCUUCUAACACAGAGAUGGUUGUGAUGGUCAAUAGAUUUGUUUAGUGUUGGUGUUGUGAUUUGAACUAUCAACUAGCUUUGGUCAAUGGUGGUUCCAAUUUCGGUUUGGUUGUACUGGUCAGGAGAGUGAUGAGAUUAAAAAGAAGAACUUGGUUUUUGGUUGGCUCUGUUCUAAUGUGAGAUCUGACAAAGAAGGUUUGCUUGAAGUUGGGUACUGUAACAAGGUUUAAGAGGAAGAUCUCUAGACAGGUGGUGAAGGGACUAACUGAGCUUCUCUAGUUUUACAAAAUUGUUUUGUUUUGAAUCUGCUUAAAGACCUGAGGUGACUGGCUUUUAUAUUAUGAAAUUGUGUUUUCAUUAUAUUUUUCCUUGUUGAUUUUAUUUUAAUAACACCAUGUGACCAUAUUUGAAUUAAUAGUAUGAGUUUGAAGUACUGUGAUUUUGGUUAUUAAAGUAGUCAGUAUGAAAAUUGAGUGCAUGAGUAGUGAUCUGAUUUCGGUGAGUUUGUGGUGGUACAGAUUCUUCUUUAGGAUUCAAUUUGUCGUUGUGGGUGCUCACAAUGUGCAGAUUACUAUUAUGAUGUGACCAUGUUUAGUGACUAUUAUGAGUUUAUGAGAGUGACCAUGAUUAGCGGCACGGUCACCCGAUUUAGCUAAUGGGUAUGGCAGUGACAUUCCCAUAUGUAUUUAAUAAAUAGGUUUGCGGUGACAUUCCCAUUUGAUAUUUAGUUAACCGCUUUACGGGGACAUUCCCAGCAUUAAUUUUUGAGCUUUCGGUGGUAGUUUGUUGGAUUUAAAAUAAAUCUUGUGAUUUGAGUCACUCACUGAGCUUGUUUUUGCUCAUCCCUCAUUUAUUUCAUGU